AUGUCAGAGCAAGCCCAAACUCAGGUCUCUGCUGAUCAACAGCAACACCAACAUAAUCACCACCACCAUCAUCAUCAUCACCAUCAUAAUGAAAAUCAAUCGCAACAGCAAGUUCCGAUCGACCCCGCUGCAAAUCCAGCAAAUAGAAUAGGGCGGUAUCAAAUUCUCAAGACAUUAGGUGAAGGGUCAUUUGGUAAAGUGAAAUUGGCUCAACACUUGGGCACAGGUCAAAAAGUUGCUUUGAAAAUCAUUAAUCGUAAAACAUUAGCCAAGUCUGACAUGCAGGGUCGUGUUGAAAGAGAGAUUUCAUAUUUAAGAUUAUUGAGACACCCACAUAUCAUUAAAUUAUACGAUGUCAUAAAAUCCAAAGAUGAAAUCAUUAUGGUUAUUGAAUUUGCCGGUAAAGAAUUGUUUGAUUAUAUUGUUCAAAGAGGUAAAAUGCCAGAAGACGAAGCCAGAAGAUUUUUCCAACAAAUUAUUGCUGCUGUAGAGUAUUGCCAUCGUCACAAAAUUGUCCAUCGUGAUUUAAAGCCAGAAAACUUAUUGUUAGACGACCAGUUGAAUGUUAAAAUUGCUGAUUUUGGGUUAUCCAAUAUCAUGACCGAUGGUAAUUUCUUAAAGACAUCUUGUGGAUCUCCUAAUUAUGCCGCUCCGGAAGUUAUUUCUGGUAAGUUGUAUGCUGGUCCAGAAGUUGAUGUUUGGUCAGCAGGGGUUAUUUUGUAUGUCAUGUUGUGUGGUAGAUUACCAUUCGAUGACGAGUUCAUCCCCGCCUUAUUUAAAAAGAUCAGUAAUGGUGUUUACACUUUGCCUAAUUAUUUGAGUGCUGGAGCUAAGCAUUUGUUGACAAGAAUGCUUGUUGUUAACCCAUUGAACAGAAUCACCAUCCAUGAAAUUAUGGAAGAUGAAUGGUUUAAACAAGAUAUGCCAGAUUAUUUGUUACCGCCAGAUUUAUCCAAAAACAAGAAUAGCAAGAUUGACGUUGACGAAGAUGUUAUCCGUGCAUUAUCGGUGACGAUGGGAUAUGACCGUGAUGAAAUCGUUAAUGUAAUUGAAAAGGCAAACAAACAAGUUGCUGCAGGAAACUCAUCGUCUCAGCAAUCGAAAUCAAGUAAUGAGAUAUUAGAUGCCUAUUUAUUAAUGAAAGAGAAUCAUGCAUUGGUGAAAGACUUGAAAAAGAGUAAAUCAGAAAACAUUGAAUCAUUCUUAUCCCAAUCUCCACCACCAAGUCCAUUCCCUAACGCAGGAUCAACAAGCUCGGCUCCUGGUGUGCAGCAAUCUUUAACUUAUCAAACAUUAGCUACAGUGCCUGACUUGUCAACGUUACCAAAUUCGACCAUUGCCAUAUUACCAACCAGUUUGCCUUCGAUACAUCGAGCCUAUAUGGCCGAAACUAAACAGAAUGGUGAUCCUCUGCAACAACAUGCUCCUCCUCCAACUAAGAAACUGAAAACAAGAUGGCAUUUUGGAAUCAGAUCAAGAUCAUAUCCUCUAGAUGUAAUGGGAGAAAUUUAUCGUGCCUUAAAGAAUUUGGGCGCGGAAUGGGCCAAGCCUACUGAAGAAGAAUUAUGGACAAUAAGAGUAAGAUGGAAAUAUGACACUAGUGCACAAUUUGAAUGUGGUAGUGCACCAAAUUUGAUGAAGAUGCAAAUCCAAUUAUUCCAAUUGGAACCAAAUAACUAUUUAGUUGAUUUCAAAUUUGAUGGUUGGGAACUGGCACAUGGAAAUGCAGGUACCGAUUCUCCUCAAAGUCACAGACAACAAGACCUAGAUGAAGUUGGGUCAUUCUCUGCUUAUCCUUUCUUACAUUUAGCUACUAGAUUAAUUAUGGAAUUAGCCGUAAAUAGUCAAAGUGGAUAA